AUGUUAAACAGAGAGUAUGAUAUGUUUGCAAUGAAGGAAGGAGAAUCUAUUGAUGAACUGUUCGAAAGAUUCAACAUCGUCAUUGUUGGCUUGGAUGCUAUGGGAAUCAAGAAAAUGGUAAAGUUCAAGGAAAGAGGCAAGGGAAGCAGUUCAAGAAAACAAAAGAAAGAUUUCAGCAAGGUGACAUGCUACAACUGCAAAGAGACUGGCCAUUUUAAAUCUGAUUGCCCUAAGUUGAAAAAGGAGGAGAAGCCAAAGAAAGGAAAGAAAAAGGGACUGAUGGCUUCUUGGGAGGACUUGGAAAAUGACUCAGACGAUGAUGAAGAAUCAGAGACUAUGUCCCAACCAUGUCUCAUGGCAGAUCACAUUGAACAGCAAAUCACCAUUCUUAAAGCUGAAAAUGGUUUUCUUAGAGAUAAACUAAAGGAGACUAAAACUGAUGUUGAACUUGUUAAAGAAAACAUGCAGUUAAAAGCUCAACUUAGAGGCUGUGAAAGUGACCAUUCUAUUGUUUCAUACCUUGAUGAGUAUGAUGGAGGGUUUGUCACUUUCGGUAAUGAUGGUAAAGGAAAAAUAGUGGCCAUUGGAAAAAUUGGUAAAAGCUUCUCAUCUUCUAUAAAUGAUGUUCUUCUUGUUGAUGGUUUGAAACAUAAUUUACUAAGUGUUAGCCAAUUGUGUGAUCUAGGAUUUGAAGUUAUUUUUAGAAAGUUUGUGUGCUUAGUUGUUUGUGAAAAAUCUGGGGAUAUUUUGUUUGAGGCUAAAAGGACCAUCAUUAGAAAAGGUUUAAAGAAAACUCCUUAUGAGCUAUGGAAAGGAACCCCUCCUAAUCUUAAGUAUUUCCAUGUUUUUAGAUGCAAGUGCUUUGUACUUAAUAACAAAGAAAAUCUUGGUAAAUUUGAUCCAAAAUCUUAUGAGGGAGUGUUUGUUGGAUACUCCACCACUAGCAAGGCAUAUAGAAUUUACCUCAAAGAACACAGAACCAUAGAGGAAUCUAUACACGUCUCUUUUUGUGAUUCUAAUUCAAUUCCCAGUACUGUGAUCGAGAAUGAUUCAGAUUGUGAAGAUGUUGUCAAUAAAGAAACCAAUGAAGAAAAUCCCAAGUCUGUUCAAAAUGAAGAAUCUGUCUGUCCAAUUUUGUCUCAUCAAAAUGGAGGAGAUUGUUUUGUUUUGUCUCCUGAACCAGCAAGAGAAACUGGAACAGAAUAA